AAAAGAGAAUAGUUUAUGUAACAAGAAAGAAAAGAAAAUGAAAGGGUUAGUAGUUUUGGGUAUAAGGAGGCUUAUGUUUGAAGGAUGUAUAGUUUCACCUAACCGAAGAAAAACGACGUUAUGGCAGCAAUCAGCAUGCACCAAUAUAUUGAUUGGCUCACCUAUUUAAAUCUUUCCUUGGCUCGUUAAUAUAAUAAUACCUCACUGCAUGCAACUACACAUUCAAAAAACUCUUAUCCCCUAAGAUCAAAAAUUACAAAAUAUAUCUCUCUCACACACACACACCGGAGAGAGAUCAGAGAGAGAGAAUGGGUUAUUAUUGGGUUCGGGUUUUGAUCCUGGUGGUAGCGUGCUUGUCUCCAGUACUGUUGGUCGAAUGCAAAGUUCGUCAUUAUAAAUUUAAUGUGGUGAUGAAAAACACAACCAAAUUGUGCUCAAGCAAAUCUAUUGUUACUGUCAACGGUAAAUUUCCAGGUCCAACUAUUUACGCUAGAGAAGACGAUACAGUCCUUGUUAAGGUCGUCAACCAUGUCAACUACAAUCUUUCCAUCCACUGGCAUGGAAUAAGGCAACUUCGAACAGGAUGGGCAGAUGGACCAGCAUAUAUAACACAAUGCCCUAUUCAGCCAGGUCAAAAUUACGUCUACAAUUUCACCAUCACAGGUCAAAGGGGCACACUCCUCUGGCACGCGCAUAUCCUGUGGCUUAGGUCCACUGUACACGGUGCCAUCGUCAUCUUGCCUAAGCUUGGUGUACCUUAUCCUUUUCCCAAACCCAACCACGAAAGAGUUAUCAUCCUAGCUGAGUGGUGGAAAUCAGACACUGAAGCUGUGAUAAACGAGGCUUUGACAUCAGGCCUGGCGCCAAAUGUCUCCGAUGCCCACACAAUCAACGGUCACCCUGGGCCUGUCACCAAUUGUCCUUCCUCAACUGCAGAUGGAUUCACGUUGAAAGUCAAAGCCGGAAAAACGUACCUCCUCCGUCUGAUCAACGCUGCACUCAACGAAGAACUCUUCUUCAAAAUCGCCGGCCACAAUUUGACCGUCGUCGACGUGGACGCCACCUACGUAAAACCAUUCAAAACCGGCACGAUCGUGAUCGCCCCGGGGCAAACAACCACCGCAAUCCUGACCGCCGAUCGGAACACCGGCAAGUACAUCGUGGCGGCGUCUACUUUCAUGGACACCCCAGGGGUGGCGGUGGACAACACCACAGCCACCGCCACGCUCCACUACUCCGGCACACUCUCCACUUCUCCGACGACCUUCACCGCCCCGCCGCCCCAGAACGCCACCCCAGUCGCCAACAAUUUCGUCAACUCACUGAGAAGUUUGAAUUCAAAAAAUUACCCCGCCAAAGUUCCGCAAAAAGUGGAUCGCUCACUUCUUUUCACAAUCGGGCUCGGUAUCAAUCCGUGCGCCACGUGUAAGGCCGGAAACGGCAGCAGAGUGGUGGCGGAUAUAAACAACGUCACUUUCGUGAUGCCUAAAAUCGCUCUCCUGCAGGCACAUGUUUUCAACAUUAAGGGGGUUUUCACCACCGAUUUUCCAGGAAACCCUCCGGUUUCAUUUAAUUACACCGGCGGUCCUCCACCGUCGAAUUUUGGGACUAGAAAUGGAACAAAGCUUUACAGAGUACCUUACAAUACCACAAUCCAGGUGGUUUUGCAGGAUACAGGGAUAAUUGCCCCUGAAAAUCAUCCAAUUCAUCUUCAUGGAUUCAAUUUCUUUGUAGUGGGCAGAGGAUUAGGAAAUUUCAAUUCAAAAACAGAUCCUAAGCAAUUCAAUCUCGUUGAUCCUGUCGAGAGGAACACCAUCGGAGUGCCAUCUGGCGGAUGGGUAGCCAUUAGAUUCCUAGCAGAUAAUCCAGGAGUUUGGUUUAUGCAUUGCCAUUUGGAAGUGCACACAACAUGGGGGUUAAAAAUGGCAUUUUUGGUGGACAAUGGGAAAAGCCCUAAUGAGUCUGUUUUGCCCCCACCAAAAGAUCUGCCUAAAUGUUGAUUGUGAAUAAAAUUCACAAUUUAUUCAUCAGGAAAUUAAAUAUCUCUAUUGUUUCUGUUACAGUAGAUGCAAAAUUUUUGCUCAAUUUGAAGUCAAUAAUUAUACAAUGUAUUGUUUUUCAAGAAUAUUCAAUUAUAUAUAAAGUCUGACAAUUUUAGCCACAAAGAAUCCAAUCCAAACUUAUUUAUACACGGAAAAAACAUUUGAAUCAAUACAAUAUAUUACAUUGUAAAGAAUAAAAACACCAAACAAA